AUGGCGGUAGAAGGGCAAACGGGGGAGCAGCUCCUGAUGAGGCUGCUGCAGACGCAGCAAGAGCAGAUGGGACAACUCCAGAGGUUGCUAGAGCAGAACCAGAGGCCACGAGGAACCGUGGUGGAUACAAAGGCUAUUGGCCGACCUGAGAAGCUAGGAGGAACACUGGAGGAAGCCUCGCGUGCAUGGCGCCAGUGGAACUACCGGUUGGAGCUUUGGCUCACAAGCCAGUUUCCGGAAACCCGGGCAAUCCUGACUUGGGCUCGGACCCAGGAUGAGGAGAUCACCGUUACCAGGCUGAGGGAACAGCUGGUGGAAGGAGUGACUCCGGAGAAGGUCCAGGAGUUCAAUCGGCAACUGGAGGUGGUCCUGGGUACUUUGACUGUGGACACCCCAGGGGACAUCACGAUGAACUCGAGCGCAGGGUCCGGACUGGACAUGUAUCGGCGGCUCCAUGGGAGAUUGGACCCGACUGACAUGGUUACCAGCUUUAGGUGGCUGCGACAGCUUAUGUCGACGAAACCGGUUGCAGAAGUGAGCGACUUGAUCGCUGCAGUGGAGAGAUGGGAGGACCAGCAUCGGAGGCAUGCUGCCCGUCGGGACUGCACGGCGCUGACCGAGCGCAAGAAGAUGGUUUCGUUGUUGGGGCUGGUUCCCGCUGAGCUGCAGUCACACCUGGAGCUCAACCUUCCACGGCUCAACUCGUACGACCUUCUACGGAGGGAGAUCGUGACCUUCGCCGAGAACCGUCGGGCAUUCACUUGUGGCAAAGUGGGGCAUCUCUUGAAGGACUGCAGGAGCCCGAUUGACAUAAGGAAGAACAAGGAUGCAGGAGGUGGUUCUAGUGGUCCCGGUGGUAACCCCAAGAACCCCACCCCAGGAGGCAGAGGUAGUGCAGGAAACCCGCCGAAGGGUAAGGCUCAAGGUAGGGGCCGCGGCGGGAAGGGCAACAGGGGCGGGCACGCCCGCGAACUUGAAGGCGAAGAGGAAGAGCCGGACAACGAGGAACCCGAGCAGGAGGAAGACUACGAAGCCGAGGGCGACGACGACUGGGACAGCUGGCAUCCCGACUCUGGCGCGGGAUCCAACCUGGUGUCCGAGCUGCAGGCUCGACAGGCCGAGCUCAACAGGGCCCUGGCCAGUGCUGAGGGUGACGAGGAGAGGGCCAACCUGGAGGCUCAGCUCGAGGAGGUCACCCGGCAGCUGAAGGAGCUUGUGGCUAAGAGGAGGGCUGCCCGGACGACUUCCGCUGGGAGUUGGAAGACGUCGGCUCGUUUCUUGGCAGACGUCCGCGCAGGGCGCAAGGCAAAGCUAGCCAAGAGAAAGGAGCUUAGUCGCCAGCGUGCGGCCAAGCACAGACAAGGGCUCGCGAAAGGGUACAACAAGCCACUUCGGGGAGACGACGGCAAGAGAGCGGCUUUUCCGCUGAUGCCGGAGAACACCGAGCGGGAGGCAAGGCCCUUAAACAAACGAGCUAGGGAAAACCUUCGCCAAGAAGGUGCUGGGGACGACGUCCCGGAAGAGCGCAGUCGGAGUUGGCGCGAGAAGCCCAAGACUCCGGGAGAGCGCGCGGGCAAGCGCCGCAGGGAGGCGGCCAGGAAAAGGAGAAAAGAGGAAGCUGCGAGCGGCAGUGCGGGACCCGCUUCGGGGACCGCCAGGGUCAAGGCCGCAGCAAAGCCAGAGGCAAGCCAAAGGCCAAGUGUCUGGCAAAAAGGGCACCGACCGGCCUGCCGAGCCGGCGGGGGAGCCUGCGCGGAGGCGAGCCAAGCCUAA